AUGAUUACGCCCACAAAGCUCUUCGAAAGCAUCACAACAUGCUCCCUCGCGCUCCGGCAUGGCGGUCAACAUGGUGAAGACCACGAGUCGUCGUACAGGCGCGUGAUGGGCUCUCUACCCCACACGAAGCUAGCGAAAGCGGCCAAGUCUUUCAUUCGGGCCGGGUUCCCUGCCGUUGGCGGCAAAGCUUCCGAUCGCAAGGUCGAGAUCGCCAUGUGUGUCGCGACAUCGAUCGCCCAGGGCCGGGACGGGGAAGACAGGUUGGUCAAAUCCAUCUGCGAUCGCUUCCGCGGCAUGGAGGACUUCGAUCGUCGCGUGAUGAAGAAGAUCUUCUCCUUGUCGGUGUGCAGCGACAGCGUCCUGGCCCUUCUCGACGAGGUCAUGGUAUUGAAAACGAAGAAAGGUGACGUCGAGCGCGAGCUGCGGGUGGAAUUCGUCCUCAUGUUUUUCGACAUCCUUGCAAACAUGGUGAAACGCGGGGAGUCUUCGAGCGACCUGGGGUACGUCGUAGCAGGCGCCACCGCCGAGGACAUGAGCAACGCUCGGGCAACCUUGGAGAAGCACGCUGCCCUGCUCGCCGACAAGUAUGGCGCGUGCUUUCGUCUGAAGGCGUUCAAGAUACCGCGGCCGAGAUUGACGAUAGGUUGCAAGCACGUCGACUUCGACGUGGCCACUAUCGACACCCUGAGCGCUAGCCUGGUCGUCGACGCGAAGACGAGGUCCAGGUCCAAGGGCGAGUUCUUGGACGUAGUGUUUGCCAUCAUUGCGCAGUCGCACAAGACACCGCAAUGUGUCUACGCGGGGAUGAAGACCGAUGCCGCCAAGACGUUCUUCCUGGAGAGCAUCCUGGGCAGGGGGGCUGCCGAUGACGUGAUGAGCGCCGUGUGCAACACACCUCAGGAAAUAUAUCUCUGCGGGAGGGUGGGUGCUCUGAAGAGACAGCUCGGCAGAGCCAACGAAGAAAGGGAGCGCGUCAAUGCAGCCAGGGAGAUGUGUGAAGCCCAGAAGCAGCAGCUCUUCGCGGCCAACGCGAAGAUUUUGCGUCUGGAGGACCGGGUAAAGUCCGAGGCCGAGGAAGUCGAGACGUGGAAAAAGAUUUCCCACACCCCGAAGGAAGUGCGUCUGAACGGCGAGGUCGCUGCGUUGAAGAGAAAGUGGGACGAGUGCCGAUGCGAUGUGGACGCGCUGACGACGAAAGCGGCCGAGCAGAAGGAUCACCUCGAUCGCGUGAUUGCACUGAACAAUAGCUUGGAGAAGAAGGCCUGCGACAUGGAGCGGCGGGCGAAACGGGCCUCCAUCGCGCUGUGUGCUCGGUCACUAAUAUCAACUUAA